CCGCUCCGUGCUGACCACAGUGCAGUCUCAGACAUCGCUGGAGUGGGCUCGGGUGGGCCUGCUGUCGGCGGGCCGGGAUGCUGAAGGCCAAGAUCCUUUUCGUGGGGCCCUGCGAGAGUGGAAAAACCGUUUUGGCCAACUUCCUGACAGAAUCUUCUGACAUCACUGAAUACAACCCAACUCAAGGAGUGAGGAUCCUGGAGUUUGAGAAUCCGCACGUUACCAGCAACAACAAAGGCACAGCGUGUGAAUUUGAGCUAUGGGAUUGUGGCGGCGACCCAAAGUUCGAGUCUUGCUGGCCAGCCCUGAUGAAGGACUCCCAUGGAGUGGUGAUCAUCUUCAAUGCUGACAUCCCAAGCCACCUGAAGGAAAUCGAGAUGUGGUAUUCCUGUUUUGUUCAGCAGCAGUUCUUACAGGAUACUCAGUGUCUGUUAAUUGCACAUCACAAACCAGGUUCUGGAAGUGAUAAAGGAAACCUGUCUUUAUCACCACCCUUGAACAAGCUGAAGCUGGUGCACUCGAAUCUUGAGGAUGACCCUGAAGAGAUCCGGAUGGAAUUCAUAAAGUAUUUAAAAAGCAUAAUCAACUCAGUGUCUGAGAGCAGAGACCGGGAGGAGAUGUCAAUUAUUACCUAACUAGCCUUCCUUUGGACUCUUCCACAUCCCGAGUGAGGUCAACUUCUUUCCCCAUGCAGAUCUGAAAUCUUACCUGGCCACUGAUACUUUCUUCUCCCUGUGGCGCUAUAAGAAAUAUUCCUCACCUGCCCGAAGGUACCAGUCACCCAAGGAGUUGAAUCAUUCCAUCUAUUCUCUGUCUUAACCUAACCCUGUAUUCCCCCAGGAGCAAUGCUUUGGUAUUUACUAUUCCAGUGUUCGUGGUGACUUUAUAGAAUAUAAUAAGAAUCCACUGUAUCUCCAUCUCUUGCGAUUUAAAGGUUUUCAGGUUAGUUCAGUCUCUAAUAAAUAUUUAAUUUAUUCAA